AUGGCUUCAGGAUAUGAAAGCUGGAGGGAGCUUGCUAAGGUUCUGUCAGACACCAGUGUCCCAGAUGAGGACACAAACCUUCAGCUGGACCAUCCACACCAGAUCCAAGAGCUGAAAAGAAGUGGGAGGAAUAAAUCAAAUUAUGCAGCUGUGGACAAGCCUGUCCCAUGGAUGCCAGAGUUCCAGGGCCAGGCCAACCUGCACGUGUUUGAGGACUGGUGUGGCAGCUCCAUCGAGCAGCUCAGGAGAAACCUCCACUUCCCCCUCUUCCCUCAUACAAGAACUACGCUGAAGAAGUUGGCCGUGUCCCCAAAGUGGACCAACUAUGGUCUCCGGAUAUUUGGCUACCUGCAUCCUUUCACUGAUGGGGAGUUCCAGUUUGCCAUUGCUGCGGAUGACAAUGCUGAGUUCUGGCUGAGCCCAGACGAAAACCCCUCUGGUCUCCAGCUGCUGGCCAGUGUAGGCAAGACAGGGAAGGAGUGGACGGCACCAGGAGAGUUUGGGAAAUUUCACAGCCAGAAGUCAAGCAUGGUGAGGUUGUCAGCGGCAGGCAGGUACUACUUUGAGGUGCUGCACAAGCAGGAUGACAGAGGAACAGACCAUGUGGAAGUAGCAUGGAGACUGAAUGACCCAGAAGCGAAGUUCAGAGUCAUUGACUCCCAGUAUCUCUCCCUUUUUGCUAAUGAGACGCUUCUGAAGAUGGAUGAGGUCGGGCACAUCCCGCAGACGCAGGCCAGCCGCAGGAGCCCGGCUGCUGGCAGCAGGGCACACCCGGCUGACAUGCUGAAGCCUGACCCUCGGGACACCCUUUAUGAAGUGCCUCUGCUCAGCAAGUCCCGUGUGCGCCGGGCGCUGCCGGACUGCCCCUACAAGCCCAGCUACCUGGUGAAUGGAUUUCCUCUGCAGCGCUACCAGGGGCUCCAGUUUGUUCAUUUGUCCUUUGUUUACCCAAAUGAUUACAGCCGCCUGAGCCACAUGGAGAAAGACAACAAAUGCUUCUACCAGGAAAACCCUUAUUAUUUGGAAAGAUUUGGAUUCUACAAGUACAUGAAAAUGGAUCGGCCAGAGAAGAGCCUGGACUCUGGAGACAAGACAGAGCAGCCAAGCUCCCAGGAGGGGAACCUGGAUGACCUGCAGUACGAGGAGCAGGAUGUGGAGAGCACCAGUGCCCCUGAGCAGGCUGGCACAGGGAGGGCAGGGCCAGCAGGCAAGGCUCCCAGCAGCUUGGUGGGCAGUGACAAUAUCCACGACGACUAUUCCCUCCGGGAGCGCCGCCGGCUCCUCUCGGUGAUGGGUGACCGUGCAGGAGCGGAGAUGGGGAGGAGGAGGAUGAAAAGAUCUGCUGUCAAAUCAGCCGUGCUGGCCUCUACCAACCAAAGCCUCAGACUGACUGGCCUAGAGGGACACCCAGUAACCAAGAGACCCCGUCUAAAAGCUGCUGUCAAAGACAAUUCCAGGAGCCCUCCGCAGCAUGCCAGGGCCAUCCAGGGGAGAGUGCCUGUCAGAAGGGAAAACCCCCCUUCUAGGACUGUGUCUCAGCAGUCUCUUGGCCACCCCAGGGACUCAGAGGUCACAAUUCCCAAUGGGAUAGGACUUCAAGGAGGCCUCAGCAUCACGAGGGACAGGCUGCAGCCAGCAGGCACCGUGCCAGCUGGGAAAGGAGGUCCAGUCUCUGGCAAAGCCAGGAAACACACAGUGAGCACUGGCAGCCCCAGCCAGCAGCCCAGACUGCCACAGUGGCUGAGCCAGGUGCAGCCCUACAUUGCUGAUCAAAAGGUGGCCACCAACGGGGAUGUGGGCCAAGGAGAGGCUCAGGUGGCCUUUCCCGUGAAGGGCAAGUCUGGAGGAGCAGCAGAAGAGGAAGAGGUGGAUGGGGAGCCAGAGGAGGAGGAUGAGGAGGAUUUUGAUUAUGUCCCAGUGUUUGACCAGGCUGUCAACUGGGAGCAGACCUUCAGCAUGAGCAACCUGGACUUCCAUAUGCUGCGCACAGACUGGAUUGACCUGAAAUGCAACACCUCGGGAAAUUUGCUGCUCAGAGAAAGUGAGGCCCUGGAAGUUACACGCGUCUUCCUGAGGAAGCUCAACCAGAAAACUAAAGGGCGCUUCCAGCUGCGGCGCAUCGUGAACGUGGAGAAGCGGCAGGACCGCGUGCGCGGCAGCCGCUACCUGCUGGAGCUGGAGCUGCUGGAGCAGGGCGAGCGCCGCCUGCGCCUCUCCGAGUUCGUCUUUGCGCCGGGCUGGCAGGGCAGCGCCGGCCACGAGGACGAGAGGAGGAUGAGGAGCCUGGCCUGGGGCCGCCGCCGGCACCUGAUGGCCGCGGGCAAUGAGCCCGAGCUGUGCUGGCCACAGGGGUUCUCCUGGAACCACCGCGCUGUGGUUCACUUCGUGGUGCCAGUGAAAAACCAGGCACGUUGGGUACUGCAGUUCAUCUCUGACAUGGAAGAGCUGUUCCGGGUCACCAAGGAUCCCUACUUCAGCGUCAUCAUCACAGACUACAGCAGUGAGGACAUGGAUGUAGAGAAGGCUCUGAAAAGGUCUACCUUGCACAGCUAUCAGUACCUGAAGCUGACAGGGAAUUUUGAGCGUUCUGCUGGGCUCCAGGCAGGGAUAGACCUCAUCACGGACCCGCACAGCAUUGUCUUCCUGUGUGACCUCCACAUCCACUUCCCAGCUGGAGUCAUUGAUGCAAUCAGGAAGCACUGCGUGGAAGGCAAGAUGGCCUUUGCCCCCAUGGUCAUGAGGCUGCACUGUGGGAUGUCCCCACAGUGGCCUGAUGGCUACUGGGAGGUGAAUGGGUUUGGUCUCCUGGGCAUAUACAAGUCUGACCUGGACAAAAUUGGAGGCAUGAACACGAAAGAGUUUCGGGACCGCUGGGGAGGAGAGGACUGGGAGCUCCUGGACAGGAUCUUGCAGGCUGGGCUGGAAGUGGAGCGCCUGUCCCUGAGGAACUUUUUCCACUGGUUUCACUCCAAGCGGGGCAUGUGGAACCGGCGCCAGCUGAAGGCAGCGUAGCCUCCAGCCCCAGAGCUGCUCAGCAGCACUGUCCACCGUCUCAUCCAGAUGUGCACUUUACUGGGGCGCUCAGCUGAGUGCCCAAACUCCUCCUCUGCCUGCAGAGCCCUCGGAUGGCACGGCACAGCUGAGGAAGGAGUGAUCAGGCUGGCGGAGCAGGAGCUUCCCAAGACGUGGGAGCCGUGUGUGGGGGAGAUGUCAGCAAGGGAAGGACUUGUAUUUCCUGCCAUGCAGUCUGGUGGAAGGUACAGUGGGAGAGGUGCCUUGUUUCCUGCUGGGUCUUGCACCAAACAAACACAAAUCCCAGCUAAGCCCAGAAUGGUUUAUUUAGGGCAACGCAGCUUCUCUUUCAAAACUUGAGUGAAAAAAAAAAAAAAAAAAAGGGAAAAGAACCCACAACCAUCCCCAUUUCCUCUCCUUUGCCAUCUCUCCAGUACCCAUGGUUUUGGGCCCAAAGUUCUCUGAGCAGUAUUGCACCCACGUGCCCAUGUGCUGACUUAAGGAAAUCUGGAUGCUUUUCACUUUGGUCAUUAUGAAAAACUGUGCUCAUGCUCAGCAAAUUAUGGGCCAUGGAUGGAGUUGCAAAUAGGUUUCUCUUACAACAGCCAUGUUUGCCUGUAGCUGGGUGAGCUGGCAAGGGUGAUGUUACAAUUCCACCUAAAUUAUUGACCCACUGCCUGAGGGUGGUGGAGGAGCUAAACAGAGAAACUAACAGAACAUCUCAGGAGGAACUUUCCAGCCUUAUCUGACAGACGUGUGUUUGUCCUAACAAUAUCAGGGAAACCCUAGCAGGGAAGAAAUGGCAAUAUUUUAUCAGUUGAAAUAUUGUGAUUUGUCAGAAGAGGAGACAGAGUCUUCCACUCUCAAAAUCCUGUACGUUUAUGCAGUGUCUAAAAGUUAAUUUAAUAAGUUAUGGUCUCACAGUUGUGUCUUGUUGUUCCGUCUCUGGAACAGCCCUGGGAGCUCUGGCCUGGUACAGAGGAGGUGGCCUGAGGACUUGGCACAGGCACUGGGUGUAACAAACAGUGAGGACAGAAGAGAGUUGAGUGAACAAAAGGAUGGGCAAACCCAUGCUGUCAUUGAUGCAAGAGCUGUGGAGAGAGCCCACAGCUGGCCAGGUGCUGCAGGGAAGUCUCAUGCCCUAAAACUCCCUUUAAAUGUAAGGCAAGAUUUUUUUUUUUUUUGACCCUGUAACCAUUUUAGGAGAUUAUAUAAACCCAGAAAUCCCACCUCACUCAGUGCUUUACACUGGAGGUUCAGUGUCCCCGUACCAUGCUGAAAAGGUCUCAAGCUUGAGGGGAGAGUGUGACACAGGAUGCUGCUCAUGGUGCCCAGUUCUGUGGGGAGCUGCUGGGAAGGAGCAAUGGAUGUAUGCAGGAUACAAGCAAAGCUGACUGGUGCUAGAUUUUUUUGCUCUUUGCUGAUGGAGUAGA